GGCAAACUGUAUUGAACUCUGUAAAGGUAUGACGGGCCUCCCUCAGGUUCAGGUGCGAACAUGGCGUGGCGCAGCCUGCUUUCAGUCGUUUCGCCGACGAUUUCAUCAUGAGGAAUGCUGUGAACGAAGACCUUCGCAGGUUGAUUCACGACUGCUGUUCGGUGAUAGCGAUCGAUUGCUAGCAGGUGUUGCUCGCCUAUUUUAUCGUCAUACCGUAGAGGGCGACGCUUUCGAGUCUGGGUAUUUGUUGAAGAUCACAGCCCCUGAGCAGAAAGGACGAGGUGUGCCAUUGAGGGCUGCCGACUUCGACGAGGUGAAUUUUGCUGAACAGCUGAAUUGCAGGAGGAGGUUUUCUCUCUCACAGCUUUGGCGCUACUUUCGGCAGCCUGCCCUGGUUGAUGAGAUCUACCAGCUGUUGAAAAACAUUGCUGCUCUGUCAGAGUUCAAGAAAGAGAUGGCUGUUCUGGCGGCAAUCUACACGGAGCGUUUGCUGAAACGGCAUCCCGCCUUGCGUUUGACAAAGAAAAACUGGCGCCCGAUUCUCAUCGCGGCGUUGCACCUGGCAUCCAAGACAUGGGAGGAUGUCCAUGCCUGGAACUCGGACUUCUCCGCGUAUCUCCAAGCCGCACUAGGGCUUCACUACCCGGUUCAGAGCCUUCAUCGCUUGGAGCUGCAGAUGCUCACAGCCUUGGAUUACCACAUGGAAGUCCCAGGUGAACUCUACGUAUCCUAUUACUUCGCACUCACGGAGGAGAUUCAGAGAGCGCACACGCCGCCUCAUCUCAAUGAAUCGUUACUGGCUAGUUCCUUGCAGCCAACGUUGGAGGCCAACUCCACGAUGGCAUCGGAGAGGGACAUUCAAAGUUGUUCUCCCACAUCUUCAGCGUCAUCGCGACGGACACGGACACGUGUGACACGUGUGGCCCGUUUCUUCUCCCGAAGAAGGAUG